CCUUGCUAUAUCAUAUUGAGCUUAAAGUUGCAAUAGCUGUGAGGAAGAAACUGUUUUUGAAAUGGGUAGCCUGUGGUCUGAGUCAGCUACCACAGGGGAAGUAGCGGAAAGGAUGGUUAGCUGGGUGGGAGAUGUCUUAUUUGCUUGUUUAACGACACUGGUGGUAAAUAAAUUUGGUUGAUGGCAGUGAAGAGCUAUAUAGACGUAUAAAACUACAAAUAAAAUAAAAUAAAAUACAAAAGGUGUGUGCAUGUGUAUGAUAAGGUGCAUUUGCUACACACAAAAAUACAGUGUCUGUAUUUUGCCAACGUAAACAAAAAUCAUUACAGCGAUGAUCAAUAAUCAAAAUCUGCUGAAGUCCGUCCAGAAUAUUUUGGUGUGAGGAAAAUGCCAAACUCGUGCAAUUUAAAAAGCUACCACCCUGGACGUGGGGACGUGCUGCCCCCUAUCAGUGGCGGCUGGCCCCGCCCCUGCUAUCAGCAUCCCCGGCCAGUGAAGCGGAGCUGGGAGUCUGGAGGAGGAACAGGAGCAGGCAGCACAGAGUUCAGCGGCGAUCAUCCGACACUUAGCUAGAGCUGCUCCCCAGGCAGUGGCGGUGGUGAUGAUGGCGGCGGCUGUAGAGAGAGGAGGCGUCCGGGCCGCUUUCCUGAACCCGGGCAGCGGCGGUGGUGGCGGCGGAGGACCGGCACCCACGGCGCUCCCGACCGGAGCGUUAGCCGGGGCUGUGGUCCUGGGCUCGGGCUCCGGCAGCAUGCCUGUGCCCAUGAACCUCUUCGCGACCUGGGAGAUUGACCGAUCAUCCCCGAGCUGCGUCCCGAGGCUCUGCAGCCUCACGCUGAAAAAGCUGGUCGUCCUUAAAGAACUGGAUAAAGAGCUGAACUCCCUCUCCAUAGCUGUCAAAAUACAGGGUUCUAAGCGUCUUCUGAGGUCAAACGAGUACGUCCUCCCACCCAGCGGACUGAUGGAGACGGAUCUGGAGCUCACAUUCUCACUACAGUACCCCCAUUUCCUGAAGAGGGACGCCAACAGACUGCAGAUCAUGCUGCAGAGGAGGAAACGUUACAAGAAUCGAACCAUCCUGGGCUACAAAACUUUGGCUGUGGGAGUUAUCAAUAUGGCCGAGGUGAUGCAACACCCGACAGACGGAGGACAGAUCCUCGGUCUCCAUAGCAACGUGAAGGAGGCGCCAGUGCGUGUGGCGGAGAUCAGCGUGUACUCUCUGUCCAGCCAGCCCAUCGACCACGAGGACGGCAGCGGCCAAGCUGGCCGCAAGACCAAAACGUCAGACCGCUCCCCAGACAUGGACAACUACUCAGAAGAUGACGACGACAGCUACUCUUCAGAGCAGGAAGCCAGCGAUGACGCCGUUCACGGCCAGGAUCUUUACGACGAAGACGAUGAGGUCAGGAAGCCCAAGAAAGCUCGCAGGAAAAUGAUCCGGACCACGUCCAUGACCAGGCAACCUAACUUCAAGCAGAAAUUCGUGGCCUUGCUGAAGAGGUUCAAGGUGACGGACGAGGUGCUGGACUCUGACCCAGUAGACCAGACCCAGGAGGUGGAGGAGGAUCUGGACUUACUCUACGACAGUUUGGAGGUGUACAAUCAGAGUGACAGUGGGCCCGAGAUGGAGGACAACGAGAGCGUCCUCAGCACUCCCAAGCCCAAACUCAAGCCAUUUUUUGAAGGGAUGUCUCACUCCAGUUCUCAGACUGAGAUUGGAAGCAUACACAGCCAAAAAAGCCAACAGAGAGAGCUGUCGUGUCCCAGUGGAGACUUCCUGACUGUGGACAGAUGUAAGGUGCAAGGCGGACGAUAUCAGGAUGACAGCAUCGCGGACACAACCGCCGGGGAGCCAGAGGCAGAAGAGAGUGGGCUAGGGCCAGGAGAGGUGAGCAGCUGGGAUGUGAACACUGAACGGAUUACCAGCACUGUUGGCAAGCUCUGCAAGACGGAGUCCCAAAACCACAUGUCUCCCAGUAAAAUGGAGAACAGGCUGCAGAGACGUCCUCGCAGCACCUCCAUGAAGGACAGGCAGAACUCAAAGGCCCAGAGCGACCGGACCAGCAGCAUGGAAAGCGAGUGCUCCCCAGACUCGCGACUCAUCGCGCAGGUUCCCAGGAAGUCUGUGUACGACCAGCUGAACCAGAUCCUCAUCUCUGAUGAGCGCCUGCCAGAGAGCAUCAUCCUCAUCAACACUAUGGAGUGGCAAGGACAGUAUGUGGCCGAGUUGCUCCAUGAACAGGCCCAGCCCAUUGUGUCCACCUGCUCUGCUGCCGAUGUUCAGGCUGCCUUCAACACCAUCGUUACUCGCAUCCAGAGAUUCUGCAACUGCAACGCGCAGACGCCACCCACGAUGAAGGUGGCGGUGGCAGGUGACCAGAGUUACCUCAGCACCAUCCUGAGGUUCUUUGUGGAGCAGCUGGCCAACAAGACGCCCGACUGGCUCAGCUACAUACGCUUUCUGGUGAUCCCCAUCGGUUCCCACCCCCUGGCCAAGUACGUGGCCUCCUUCGACAGCCGGUUCAACAGCAUCUUCAUGGACACCGCGUGGAGGGAGCUGUUCUGCAGGACAGAGCGGCCCGCCUCAGAUAACAUAGACGUAGCGGGACGGGUCGUUCAGUAUCUGGCCGGUGCCAACGUGUCCCACCAGUUCCCCAUCUCAGAAGCCAUGCUCACCUACAAACAGAAGAGGAAAAGAAGCUUGUAUUUUGAUUUUUAUAUCAGCCCUGACGAGGACUCGUGUCAGAAAUUCGUGCCCUUUAUUGGGGUUGUGAAAGUGGGAAUCGUGGAGCAAAGCCUCUCCACCUCAGUGGACUCAGAUGAUGCGAUGGGUGGCAACACAAGCAUCCUCUCCUCGCCAACGCCCCCGUCGGCUGGUCCGUAUGGGAAGGAGAUUGGGGGCACCCCGCCACAGUCUCCCUCCGUGUCCACCGCCCUGUCUGGAGCUGGCUCUCCGUGUUCGGGCAGCGAGGUGAUGGGGCUCCAGGUGGACUACUGGACGUGGCAAGGCCCAGAGAAGAAAAAAGAGGGCGAGAAGAGAGACGUGGGACUGAAGAACACCCUGAAGAGUAACUUCCGUUCACUGCAAGUCAGCCGGCUCCCCUGUGGAGGAGAGCUCACCCCUCCACCGAGCAUGGCCAUGACUGUAGUCACCAAGGAGAAGAACAAGAAAGUGAUUUUUCUCAGCAAGAAGCCGAAGGAGAAAGAGCUGGACUCUAAGAGCCAAGUGAUUGAUGGCAUCAGCAGGUUGAUCUGCACAGCCAAGCACCAGCACACCAUGCUGAGAGUCACCAUUGACGGAGUGGAGUGGAAUGACGUCAAGUUUUUCCAGCUCGCUGCCCAGUGGCCAACGCAUGUCAAGCACUUCCCGGUGGGAAUCUUUGGUUACACGAAGCCUGUGUGACCCCGGCCCCCCGACCCCAACCCCACCCCUCCCUCCCUCCCCGCAACUCAACCACCAGACUCUCCGCUGCACUUGUUUCACCGAGAGGCUUCAGAGGAGUAGAGGAGGAGCCGAAAGGCCCCCCCCCCACGCCCGGCAGUAAUAGUUUUCCUGUGGAAAUCUUACUGACUCACAACCACGUGUUCAACACACAAAAUUUUCAUGUCGUCUAUUGGAUGUUUUUAAUGUCGUUGGGUGUUGUUGUUUUGUUUUUUCUUUCUUUCUUUCUUCCUUUCUUUUUUUUUUACACACUACAAAACGAACAAGUACUAUUUUGUAAGAUUUGUGCUACCGCCUCAGAAGUAUUUUGAGGUUUUUUGACAAUUUGCCACAUUUCGAUAAUGGCAGCUGUGUUUGCACUUUGUUUUUCUUCUUUUUUUUUUUGUUAACAUUUUAUUAUUUCUGUGAAAUCCUACAUUUAUUGUUACUCUAUAGACAAUGGAGGAGUGUGAUGGUGACGUGCAGUGGCGUGCGUGAGAUUGUCGGAGACCGUGUCCGUGUUUGUUGUUGAAAGUUGGAAUAUUGCUGUGAAUCUAGAUGGAAUCCUUCUCUUCGAACUCAGUGCUCACUUUUCUUACUCGUCCCUUUACUUUCUCAGAAAGUUUUAUAGGAAGGAACAUUAAGUUCACUUUGCCUCGUUGCUUUUAAGCACACUGUGUACCUGACAUACGUUUAAAAAAAAAAAAACAACAACAACAAAAAAAAAACAAAAAAACAAGCAAGGUAUUUGAAGGUAGCUAUGAUGAAUGUAGCUAUGACACAUUUGUAACAUGUUCAUGGAGUCAGUUCAUUAUUGUUAAGUGCUGAUGUUUUUGUAUUGGUGUUAGUGUACAUUCAGACUGUACAGUAACAACCACUUAGAAGCAGGGUAACGACUUAUUUCAACUCCCAACAGCUGAAUGCCAAAUUUAGUUGCGACUGUAUGAACUGUCGUCUUGUUUUUUUUUGUUUUUUUCCCCACAGUUUCACAGCUGCAGUUUCCACCUGUGUUGUAAAUUUUGGCCGCCUCGGAUUAAUGUCAGGCCGCAGCAGAGCUUUAUUCUGGUGAACGGGGGGGCGUCUCGCAGACCUGCAGUAACUUAGCAAAAAUACUGGACUGUGCAGUGAUGUGCCAAAGUCAGGUCUGUCUGACGGCCCAGUCCCAGGAGCUCUCGGCUCGGCCAAACUUGGUGUGAAACUGAAAACUAAAAAUUGUACAUGUGUUCGUGGUCUCCAUGGAGGUCAGUAUUAAUAUUACCGAGUUUUUAUUAAUUGUGAUAAAUGUACCAGUUAGCGCUUCUCAUUUGGCCAAACGUGUAAAAGCAUUUACAAGAGGGGUGCGAAUCCUAAAAUGAGCAAAUUAACCUAUGUGUCCUUUUUUUUUUUAAAUAGAGCUUCUGGACAUGCAAAUAAUACCGGGCCUAAAACGCGCCGAUUGGGUUUGCGCUUCGGUAUCGUGUUACGGGAAAAUUACAAAUGAGUUUGACUGACUUGAAACAUGCUCCGACGGUAGAGUCGAGCGCAAUGCAAGUGCUGAGAUGCUUUUAAAAUACGACGACAAGUGUAUGGAGUCUCGCCAGAUGUCCAAGUCACUGCCUAUGUGUGUCUGUGUAGGUGUGCUCUUACGUGUGAUGGUACUUCCUGAAUAGUGUUACGUGAAACUUUUGCAAUAGGAAACCUUUGGACAAAGGGCCUUCUGUAUGAGUUUGUUGCUUUUUUUUCUAUAAAGUGAAGACUUACGAGCUUUGAUAGGCUGGCUUUUGUAGUAUUGUAUAUAAAUAUAUACAAAUUAUACUAUUAUUGUGAAUCCCCCUUGUCCCCGAUCCCACUAAAUUGAAAGCACAAAUGGUGUACCUUUAUUUCUUGACAUAAAUGCCAAAUAUAUUUCCCAAACUCUUAACUAUGAAGUUGUACAAUGCAAACACUAUUAGGUAUGUCAUUGCUCAUACAUUUCCCUCACUUUGUAAUGCACUUUCAUGUGGUUUUAUUCACAUUGUAGCUCAAAUUGGGACACACUUUGAGAGAUAAAGUGUGAUAUUUGAAAUGUAAACCACUACCUAUAGUCAAGAGAAGGCUGAUGUUCUUUUUUUGUUUUUAUUAAAAAGAAAUAAAAUAUGGACGAUGUGUUUAUGUUGACGGGUUCAAGUGCCCUGUGAGGUCGGAGGAACCAUUAAGGUCGCCUGUUACCUAAUGUUUUGCCACUUAAAUGUUUUAGAAGUUAUAUUUUUUUUGCGGCUGCCACCAUACGUGUCUGCCUGCGAAUGUUCUGUCAGGUUUUUCCUCUCCUGUUUUUUAUUUUUUUUGAAGGGUUCACCAUCUUCUCUCAGUCGGGAGCUCAGCUGGCCCUUACUCAUACUGCGCCGAGUGUUAACCAGGGCAGAGUUGUUUGGGGGAAUUUGUCGCGCAGGUCGGCCUUUGAGAUACUAAAUGAAACGUACUUCGAUGCGUCCGACCUCAAGGUUUCUUGUUGUUUCUUUUGCCCUAAAUCCAGAGGUAGCAUGGGGGUGUUUUACAAGGCUGGAUCAAUGAGCAGGCAUGCUCACCCCGUCACCACAACUUAACACAGAACUAACCAACGUCAGUGUUAACUCCCUCAUUACCGGUCGAACUCCAGUUCCAUCAUGCCAUCUCAUUGCUCCUGUUACUUGAAAUGCCGCCCAGUGUCUUUGCACAAACCCUAUUUUAAAUGACAUGACAGUAUUUUUAAAUUUACCACUAAAAAUAUGGGUUACUCUGCAUGUUUUACUAUAGUUGUAAAUAUGUUUUGGAUUUUUAUAUUGUUUUGUUUCUUUCCAUGCUCUCACAAGCAGUUGUGUUUAAUAAAAUUUUUAAUCUUCUGUACAAACA